UAACUGUCAGUUUCCAUAUAAACCCAAUAAACUUCUUACUCCAUUUCGUAUCAUCUUCUCCACAUUCUUCAUCUUCUCAUUCCUCUCAAUUCUUUCUUCUCUACUUGAAAAAAUUCUUGUAAAUUCCAAGUUUCUCAAAAGACUCAAUUCAUUUUGCGCGAAUUGAGCGAUAAAUAUAGAGUUAAUUUGUUGCAUGAACAAACCAAAAAUAUAGUCACCUUGCAGCAUCCAUCAAUAUACAAUGGCAGGAGAGACUACUUACGAUCGUAGUUUAGAGGAAACCCCGACAUGGGCUGUUGCAGUUGUUUGUUUCGGAAUUGUGUUAGUUUCCAUUAUUAUCGAGCAUGUUCUCGAACUCAUUGGAGAGUGGUUCCACAAGAAACAUAAGAAAGCUCUGUAUGAAGCACUUAUGGUGGUCAAAACAGAGCUUAUGUUACUGGGGUUUAUAUCACUGCUCCUAACAUUUACGCAAGACUAUAUAAUCCAGCUUUGUAUACCAAAAAAAGUUGGAAAUACAUGGCAUCCUUGCCCAAUCAAAGAAGAAAAAAAAAAGGGUUAUACUUAUGAAGAGAAAUAUUGUGGGAAACAGGGUAAAGUACCACUUGUAUCAAAGACUGCCAUCCAUCAACUCCACAUAUUCAUUUUUGUCUUGGCAGUUUGUCACGUGCUUUAUUGUAUAUUUACCAUGGCUCUCGGCAGGGCUAAGAUGAGGAAAUGGAAUAACUGGGAAAAGGAAACUAAAUCUGCCGAAUAUCAGUUCACUCAUGAUCCUGAUAGAUUUAGGUAUGCAAGGGAUACAACAUUUGGGAGAAGGCAUAUGAGCAUUUGGAGUAGAUCCACCAUUCUCCUCUGGAUUACAUGUUUCUUUAGGCAGUUCGUUAGAUCAGUUCCUAAGGUGGAUUAUUUGACACUCAGACAUGGUUUUAUCAUGGCACAUUUGGCUCCACAGAGUGCGAUCCAAUUUGAUUUUCAGAAAUACAUGAGGAGGUCUCUUGAUGAGGACUUCAAAGUUGUUGUUGGGAUUAGUCCAGUGCUCUGGUUCUUUUCCCUACUUUUCUUAAUGGCCAGUACCAAUGGAUGGCGCUCUUACUUGUGGCUGCCCUUUAUUCCAUUGAUUAUUGUACUGGCCGUGGGGACGAAAUUACAAGUGAUUAUAACACAAAUGGGUUUACAUGUACAAGAUAGAGGAGAUGUGGUACAAGGAGUGCCCACAGUAAAACCAGCUGAUGAUUUGUUUUGGUUCAGAAGUCCACGUCUCAUUCUCUACUUGAUUCAUUUUGUUCUCUUUCAAAAUGCAUUUCAAGUGGCUUUCUUCAUAUAUACUACUUAUGAAUUUGGGCUCAAUUCUUGCUAUCACCAGAAAGCCGCAGAUGUGGCUAUCAGGAUUUCAAUGGGAAUCUUUGUACAAAUCCUAUGUAGCUAUGUCACUCUACCUCUCUAUGCCUUGGUUACUCAGAUGGGUUCCAACAUGAAGACAGCAAUAUUCAACCCAACUGUGGCAGUAGCAUUGAAAAAAUGGCAUCAUCAAGCAAAAAAACAAAUAAAAGAAAGCCGAAAAGGGACGCCAACGUCGAGUAUGCCGUCGACUCCGCACUAUGGCAUGUCACCAGUACAUCUUUUGCAUAACAAAAACCAUCGCAGCAGUGAAGCCAAUAGCCCUCAGAUGUCUCCCAUGCAUCGAAAUUACAUGGGUGCUGCAAACGACCAUUGGGAUAGCGAAUCACCUUCACCAAUGCAUGACGAUUCUAGUCAUAAUGAUGCAUUUAGAGCUCGCCUUGGUCCAAAUGAGGAAAGACGAGUCUCACCGUCUGAAUUAAUACCGAUGCCAAAUCUACCGCCCGUUAGAAGUGGCAAUGAACGAAGUGGUGAACGGGAAUCUACUGAUCAACAUGAGAUUAGUAUCGGUUCCGCUUCUACGAAACAUUUCUCAUUCGCUAAAAGACCAAGUGUGUGAUCAUACUAGGAUUGUACCUGCUACAUUUGCAUAGUUACAAAUUAAAUUGAAUUGAUUUUCAUUUAGCGGCGACAUAAAUCAGCUAGGCUCGUCUGCAAUAUGUAUCAUAGUUUGGGGCGCCUCACCCUAUUUUAUAUAUGAAAAGAGCGCUAUCUACUACCAAAUCAGUUAAAUAACACAGAUUUUUUCGUGUUUCCGAUCA